AUGCACAUCAAGCUCCAGGUCGCCGACAACAUGUCGCAACUCCCCGCCGAGCCUGAGUUCCAGCAGGCGUACAAAGAGCUCGCCAGCACUCUCGAGGACAGCACCCUCUUCAAGGAGCACCCCGAGUACCGCACCGCUCUCGAGGUCUGCUCCAUCCCGGAGCGCGUCAUCCAGUUCCGCGUCGUCUGGGAGGACGACAAGGGCCACCUGCGCGUCAACCGCGGCUACCGCGUUCAGUUCAACUCGGCCCUGGGCCCUUACAAGGGCGGCCUGCGCCUUCACCCCACGGUCAACCUUUCCAUCCUCAAGUUCCUCGGCUUCGAGCAAAUCUUCAAGAAUGCCCUCACUGGCCUGAACAUGGGCGGUGGCAAGGGUGGUGCCGACUUCGACCCCAAGGGCAAGAGUGACGCCGAGAUCCGUCGUUUCUGCCAGGCUUUCAUGCGCGAGCUUUCCAAGCACAUCGGUGCCGAUACCGAUGUUCCCGCUGGUGACAUUGGCGUCUCCGGCCGCGAGAUCGGCUACAUGUUUGGUGCCUACCGCCAGGCCCGCAACCGCUGGGAGGGUGUCCUGACCGGCAAGGGCCUCACCUGGGGCGGCAGCCUGAUCCGACCUGAGGCCACUGGCUACGGUGUCGUCUACUACGUUGAGCACAUGCUCAAGCACGCUGGCCGCGGCAGCUUCGCCGGCAAGCGCGUCGCCAUCUCGGGUUCCGGCAACGUCGCCCAGUACGCCGCCCUCAAGAUCAUCGAGCUCGGUGGCACCGUCGUCUCCCUGUCCGACUCCAAGGGCUCGCUCGUCGCCGAGAAGGACGCCUUCACCGCCGAGCACGUCGAGAAGAUUGCCGCUCUCAAGGCCGACCGCCGCGCCCUGACCGACUUUGAGCACGUCGGCCAGUACAAGUACAUCGAGGGUGCCCGCCCCUGGACCCACGUCGGCAAGGUCGAUGUUGCGCUGCCCUGCGCCACCCAGAACGAGGUCAGCCGCGAGGAGGCCGUGGCGCUCGUCGAGGCGGGCGUCCUCGUCGUCGCCGAGGGCUCCAACAUGGGCUGCACCCAGGACGCCAUCGACAUCUUCGAGGAGCAGCGCCGCCAGAAGGGCAACCAGUCCAUCUGGUACGCCCCCGGAAAGGCCGCCAACUGCGGUGGCGUCGCCGUCUCGGGUCUCGAGAUGGGCCAGAACAGCCAGCGCAUCAACUGGACCGCCGAGGAGGUCGACGAGAGGCUCAAGGGCAUCAUGAAGAACGCCUUCACCGCGGGUCUCGAGACGGCACAGAAGUACGUCGAGGCCAAGGACGGCGAGCUUCCCAGCCUCGUCGCCGGCAGCAACAUUGCUGGCUUCGUCAAGGUCGCGCAGGCCAUGCACGACCAGGGCGACUGGUGGGCUUAG